UCCAUACUAAAAUCAAAUCGUCCUGGCAUGAAGUAACAGCCUAUUUCACAUCCGGUUUACCCAGGGACAUGCUACUAUUGUCCUGUAAAAGUGAAGCUUUAUUUUACUGCAUUCUCUUGUGUUUAGAGUAGAUUUUGCAGUUAGAUCACCAAUUUGUCUAUGACAGAGUUUGACUCCCCUCACCAAUGAAUAGUGCGCGAGACCUGCGCAUACUCAGCGUCGUCAGCAGCCGCUUCUCGAGCCUCAAGCUAAAAUUCGGCAGAUCAGAGAUCUUUGAGGAUUUUUCUCAUCGAAUCCGUGUAGAAAAGAUAUCCACAAAAGUUUGAGGACACGACGCCAUCGAAUAUCUCUGGCACAUCGCUUGACAGAUCCUCCUGCGGAAGUCAUGUGUGGACGGAGAGUGGCCGUCCUGCUGUGUGUGUGGGCCUGCCUGCUGGUGGCCAGUGUGCUUGGGGGCAAAAGCUCUGGACAGAACGGCAUGACAGACGAACAGAAGGACAACACCACCGUGUUCACCAAGAUCCUCGACAGCCUGCUCGACGGCUACGACAAUCGUCUCAGACCUGGGCUGGGAGAGCGUGUAACUGAAGUCAAGACUGACAUUUUCGUGACGAGUAUUGGGCCCGUCUCGGACCACGACAUGGAGUACACCAUCGACGUGUUCUUUCGGCAAAGCUGGGUCGACGAGAGGCUCAAGUUUAAAGGGCCCAUGGCUGUCCUCCGUUUGAACAACCUGAUGGCCAGCAAGAUCUGGACCCCGGACACGUUCUUUCACAACGGCAAGAAGUCGGUGGCCCACAACAUGACCAUGCCCAACAAGCUGCUCCGCAUCACAGAGGAAGGGACGCUCCUCUACACCAUGAGACUGACAGUGAGGGCUGAGUGUCCCAUGCACCUGGAGGACUUCCCCAUGGACGCCCACGCUUGCCCACUCAAGUAUGGCAGCUAUGCCUACACCCGGGCGGAGGUGGUGUACGUGUGGACUCGAGGGGCAGCCCAGUCCGUGGUGGUGGCAGAAGAUGGCUCCCGACUCAACCAGUAUGAUCUCAUGGGCCAGAGUGUGGAUUCUGGAGUGGUUCAGUCCAGCACAGGAGAGUAUGUGGUGAUGACAACGCACUUCCACCUGAAGAGAAAGAUUGGUUACUUUGUGAUCCAGACCUACCUGCCCUGCAUCAUGACAGUCAUCCUAUCCCAAGUGUCGUUCUGGCUGAACAGAGAGUCAGUCCCUGCUAGGACUGUCUUCGGAGUGACCACUGUGCUGACCAUGACCACCCUCAGUAUCAGCGCUAGAAACUCCCUGCCCAAGGUGGCCUACGCCACAGCCAUGGACUGGUUCAUCGCCGUGUGCUACGCCUUUGUGUUCUCCGCCCUCAUCGAGUUUGCCACCGUCAACUACUUCACUAAGAGGGGCUACGCCUGGGACGGCAAAAGUGUUGUGCCAGAGAAGCAAAAGAAGAAGAAGGAGUCUCUCCUAAAGAAGAACAACACCACAGCUUACCCGGCGGCCACAGCUACAGUCUUUGCCCCAAACAUUGCCAGGGACCCUGGUUUGGCCACCAUUGCCAAAAGCGCCCCCCCUCCCCCCACCGAGCCCAAAGAGGAGCCCAAGCCCAAACCACCAGAGGCCAAGAAAACCUUCAACAGUGUCAGCAAGAUCGACAGGAUUGCCAGAAUAGCCUUUCCACUGCUCUUUGGAACCUUUAACUUGGUCUACUGGGCAACUUACUUGAAUAAAAAGCCCAAAUUGCAGGGGAUGGGGCCCCACUAAUCCUGAUCCUACCUUAUUCUUCUUUUUUUUUCCCCUUCCUCUCAAAUGUUUAUUUUCAGAAAACAUGGUGUCCAUACUGGUCAAAUUCCCAGUUGCCACAUUGCUUCAGUGUCAUCUAACUUCUAAGAGAUAAAAAGAAAAGAGAGAAAUGGUCUUAGGGUUCAAAUGAUGUGGUAACUUUAAAUGGGAAUUGUUAGGAAUGGGGAUUGUGCUACUAAGAAAAUAUCCUAUUAUAAAUAUAUAUACUGUAUAUAUAUAUAGGCAAGAGAAUGCUAUUCUACAAAUGCACAUAGCCCGACAAUUGUUAAGGAUCUAUUAUUUCUAAGUUUGUUUGUUUUGUUUUCUGAUAUGUUCAGUUGAUGUUUAGCAUCACACCAUUGACCCUGUAAAAGAAAAUAGUGUACUUGCAUGGACCGGACAAAUGUUCUUUUCAAAAACAGAUCAACUUUUCACAGACGCCCUAGUUUGUUUGAUAUUGGUGACAAAAUGCUACCUUCAAUUUCUGUCAAAUAAGCUUCCAUUAUCCGUAGAUGGUGUGUUUGAGCUAAUGGUUUUCUCAUUUGAAAAUAAUCACAAUAGGGUUUCAGCAAUAGCAAUAAAACAUGUCUCAGUGGAAACGUCAUUCAUUCAUUUAAAAAAGAAAUAUAAAACAACUCAAUCAUUAAUGUGCUUAACGUUAUGAAUACUAUUUAUUUAGUUUUAUUGUAAAUAAUAUAAAGUGUUAGAGAUGUCAAUAUUAUGUUUAUGCGUUGCAAAGUGUAACUAAAGGGUAUUAAUAUUCAGCGGAAGGGUAUUUAGAGGUCGUUUUAUAUGAAAAUGGUUUAUAUGAAGAGAGUAUUCACUGGUUCACUUUGAAUUGACUGUUUCUUACCAAGUAACUGGUCGCUGGUCAAAACAGUGAUGCUAAAGUACAAAUUAAAGUAAAAUAUUAAAUUGAAUCUAUAACAUUGUGUGUUCACACACUAACGACAUUGUAUGAAGGAAGGAAGUCAGAAUGUAAAACUGUCAAUCUAAAUGUUGGAAUGCAUUUUAUAUUUAGAAUUAAAACACUCUUAUUCUUUACUUUUCGGUUUCUGAUUUCUAUGGCAGAGAUGUGAGAGGUUUGCAGGGCAGGGACCUAGAUGACAAGCAUCCUGUUUUUUUUCCGUUGGUUUCAAACGUUUGACAGCAGCUUCAUGGAGCCAGCAAAGCAUUGCAGCGGGUUGAGUGUGUUAAGUGUGAGAAGCAGUGCCUUUUCCAUUUCCAGGGUUGAUCCAUUGAAAGGCUACUACUCCACUGGUGGUGCGGCAAAGGUUUUUCCAUACCCCUGUAUUGUACGACUGUGUGCUGUGGUCUCCAUCUUCUGUCGAUGUUUCAGAGAAUACUCAGAAAGUACCAGCUACACUGCCUUCAGUCUCACACGCUUGCUGAGGUCGGUUAGUCUCGAACACCUUUGUUGCUGCUUAUAGGAGUGAAUGACAGAGCGCUAGAGGGAGAGGAAGAGAGAGAUACAGAAGGAGAGGCGAUGUGAAGGGUUUUAGACCACGUCGGCGAGUGUUGUACUCCAUACACAGGAAAUGUCUUGUAGUAUUUUUGGUUGUAAUGAAUCUCUAUUUUUGUAGCAUGAUGUCAAUCCCUUCUCAGAGAGAACAAACAGGAAAUGAACAAAACCUGUCAAGUAGUGCUCUUUCCUAUUCGUUUUCUUUUUUCUUUAUGACACAUAUCAAAACGUAAGAUGUUUCCUCCGACGUGGCACACAUUUAGUUGAGAAUUGUCCAUUGCAAAUUAUAUUUAUGUAGCAAUAUUAAUUAGCAAGGGCUUUUUUGAAACUUUCCAUCUGAAACAUCUAAUUGUCUUGGUUAAAUAUCUAUAGUAGCUUCAUGUUGAACUCCAUAAUUGGAGUUCCAGAGUGAUUGUAUUCAAGCAAGCGUUUGGGUCCAACAUUGUUUUCUUCCUUUCUCUUUCGAAGGCAUCGAUACCUAACUUGGUUUCAGAACUCUCUGAUCCAAAUUAGGGCAGGGUCAUGGCAGGUUUUAUAAAACAGUGUGCAAAGAUGAAGACCAGGGGAUUCUGUUGACUUUGUGUGUUUACUGGCAUGCACAGAAGGAAUGAAAAGAGUUUUGGUUGCGUUGUGAUGAAAGUGAACUCCUGAGUUGUGGUCUUGGUAUGCAAGUGAACGGUUUGAACAGCCUGCACAGGAUCUGUUUCGCUUUGCGUCAGGAAGAGAGUCAUUGUGAACUGCUGUAUAAAUGUGAAAUA